CGCCCUUUCUCUCGGUAGCAGAAGCCACAGAUGGCGCUGCGCUGGAGCUGGGGGUUUCUUCGCUUGUGUCCCCUCCUCGUUUUUGGGGGUCUCGCCGCCGCCCAGGAGCCCUUCGAAGCCUUCCAGGCGGGCCACAGCUACUCCUCCCAGCCCGCCGCUGCUGUGGCGGCGCCUUUCAGACGGUAUCUUUUGUAUGAUGUUAAUCCACCUGAAGGUUUCAACCUACGUAGAGAUGUAUACAUACGAAUUGCAUCUCUUCUGAAGACCUUAUUGAAGACUGAAGCAUGGGUGUUGGUUCUUCCUCCUUGGGGACGUCUUUAUCAUUGGCAAACUCAUAAAAUUCAUCAAGUCCAAAUUCCUUGGUCCAAAUUUUUUGAUGUGCCAAGCCUCAAUGAAAACAUACAUGUUAUUGAGUAUGAACAAUUUGUUGCAGAGUCAGGUGGUCCUUUUAUUGAUGAGAUAUAUGUCCUACAAAAUUAUGCUGAAGGAUGGAAAGAGGGGACAUGGGAGGAGAAGAUUGAUGAGAGACCAUGCAUUGACCAACAUAUGUAUUCAACAGACAAAGAUAAAUACUACAGGGGAUGGUUCUGGGGUUAUGAAGAAACUCGAGGCCUUAAAGUGGUUUGUUUAUCUGUCCAAGGUUCUGCUUCUAUUGUAGCCCCUUUGCUUUUGAAUUUAUCCAGCAGGUCAGUGAUGUUAGACAGAGCUGAACAUCUUCUUCAUGAUCAUUAUGGUGGCAAAGACUACUGGAAUACUCGUCGAAGUAUGGUGUUCGCCAAACACCUCCGUGUGGUGGGAGACAUGUUUAGAGCUAAAUAUUUAAAUUCUUCUGAUGAAAAGGACAGAACAUGGUACUCUGAAGAUUGGAGAAAUAUGAAGGUAAAACUGGGCACAGCCAUUGGUGGUCCAUAUCUUGGUGUUCAUCUCAGACGAAAAGACUUCAUCUGGGGUCACAGAAGUGAUGUGCCCAGCAUUCAGGGAGCAGUUAAGAAAAUCCACAACCUCAAAAAGUUGUACAAGCUGGAGAAGGUUUUUGUAGCUACUGAUGCCAUCGUGCAGGAGGUUGAAGAAUUAAAAGCACUUCUUCCAGAGAUGGUGAGAUUUGAACCUACUUGGGAGGAAAUGGAGCUCUACAAAGAUGGAGGAAUAGCAAUUAUUGACCAAUGGAUAUGUGCACAUGCCAGAUAUUUUAUAGGAACCUCAGUCUCAACAUUUUCUUUCCGCAUUCAUGAAGAAAGAGAAAUUCUGGGAUUUGACCCCAAAACAACUUACAACAGAUUUUGUGGAGAUGAUGAGAAAACCUGUGAACAGCCAACUCACUGGAAAAUUGAAUAUUGAUAUAUUCAGUCAGUGGUACUACAGCUGCCACUUUACCAAAGAAAUUAAAUAAUUAUUUUUAUGGAAAGAAAUUGGUUUUAAAUGUUUCCUUUUUUUUCACUGUUUUUGGUGAUAAAUGUGAAUGGUGCUGCUGUAGCUUACUUCUUAAACUAUUUACAGUGGUCAGUAUUAUGGUUGUAAUUCAAAAACACCCAAGAUGUUCAAUUUGCCUCUAAUCAAACCUUCAAGUUGGACCAGUUCACUUGAAUCUGUUACUUUGCUUCACCAGAAGAUUCAGCAGAAGUGACUCUUAAAAGCCCUCAAAUGGCAUGGCAGCUUGGCUGGGCUGAACUUUUGGAAAUAAAGAUCUUUAAACACUUUGCAAAACAGCCAGAGUCAGUCAUGGCUUUGAUCAAAGCAAAAAAUAUUUCAAGGAUUCAUACAUUUCUAGUUUUAACUCUUUAACUCAAAGUCACAUGGAUUUCUCCCAUUUAAAUCUGGUCAGAUAAUAUAUUCUAAUGCAAUUAAAUUGUUUCUUAAAGAUUUUUGCUGGAUCUAAUUUUGUUUACAAAAACAAAAUAUGUUAGAUAUAACUAAAUGAAGUGUGUAAGAACUUGAAAUUCCACUUGAUUUGUGAACUGGGAAGAAGGUACAAGGUAUAUGUGGCUAAACAGAGGUUGGAUGUCUUAGUCAAGUAUUAAAUUUAAAUAUUAAAUUGGUCUAAAUUGGUCUCUUAUUUAUGUCAUCUGCCUCAAGUUAAUUUACUACACUAUGCCUUGCUAUUCAUAUUUGUUUCAGAAAAUCAAAUGAAAACUUACCAGUUUAUUAUGAGUAACAGAAUUGCUUCACCUUUAUAUAAAAAAGAUACAUUCUUGGAUAAACUAGGCAUCUUAGCUGGUAUUAUAAAAAAUAAGGUUAUGUCUUUUCAUGCAAAUUGCAGUUAUCUGCAUCCAUUUUCUAAUAAUCUUGGCAUUCUUUGUAAUUUAGCACAAACAGAAAAAAUAUAUUCGCAAGGCAUAAAUCGGUCAACUGGAGCACUAGAAUGAAAGCAAAAUAAGUUUAUGGACAUUCCUUAUCUGGAUUUGGGGGAUUUAUAAUCUGUAUUGUAGGCUAAGAACAGUUUUAUCUUUCUAAAAUAUUUUAUUUCUGCAGACAUUUUACUAUCAGGUAAGGUAAUAUCAGUGCAGGAAAUAUCUGCAGGGAAAUAAGCUCGGAGUAUAUCAAGAACCCAACAGUUCAAUCCUAAGUGACACAUAUUCUCUACUGUUCGAGUAAAAUAGCAAUAUUUCACCCUCAUACUUUUCAUGACUUUACUUCUCCUUUGCUCACUGUUUCUCUUUUGUUAACUUGCUACUAACUACAGUAGCAGAUAAUUGUCUUUAUCAGGUAGUUGUCAGUAUUUAACAUGUUUUGGAAUCUUCUUUAAAAGCAAUAAGCAAACAGUGUCUUAAUAAUGCUGGGUCUAUCUGUAAACUACUUUUUCUCCUCUUUUCCAAACUUAAAAUGUGCCAUAAAUGAACAUUUGCCAAUAAUAAAAUAGAGGUUUCCUAGUUAUGAAAAUCUGCACUUGCUCUAUUUUUUCUUUCAGUUUUAUUCUUGAAAUACUACACUGAAUGUUCAUAAAAAU